AUGGAUACUAUAGCCAAUGAAACUAUUGCGAGAUACACUCAGCUUACUAUCAAUAUGAAUGCUUUUCUCGCUCCACCAAUUCUUAUUCUUGGUACGAUUGGUAAUCUAAUCAAUAUUCUUAUUUUCCUACGAAAAUCUUUGAGAAAAAAUCCAUGUUCAAUCUAUUUUCUUUCUGCAUCAAUUACUAGUUUGAUAGUACUCUACUCUGGUCUUAUCAGUCGACUUCUGGGUGGUUUUAAUUUAGAUUUAACAAAUUGGAAUAAUAUUUUAUGUAAAAUGCGUUUCUAUUUUUAUUAUGGAAGUGUAGCACUUCUAUCUUGGUUUAUAGUUUUUGCUUCAAUCGAUCGUUAUUUGUCAACAUCACAUCUUCUCUAUCGACGAAGUUUUAGUCGUUCUCAUGUUGCAUGUCGUCUCGUACUGAGCACAACAGUCUUGAGCAUCUUAUUUUAUGGUCAAGUAUUCUAUUGUUUUGUCGCAGAUCCAAAUCAGUUUCCAGUUCAAUGCUAUUCAAAAGGAGCCGUCUGUCGUACCUUCAAUGAUAUGCAAUUUCUUAUUGUCUAUUCAUUAUUACCAGCUGUUUUAAUGACUAUUUUUGGAUGUUUAAUGAUUAACAACGUUCAUCAAAUGGGAAGGCAGAUCGAAACUGCUACAAAUAACAAUCUGUUACGAAGAAAAGGAAUAUUACUCGUCCCAAUGUUACUUGUUCAAAUUGCUCUCUUUGUCGUUUUUACUGUCCCUUUAGCUGUUAGUAAACUGUAUAAUUCAUUAAUAGUUCUUAUAAAUUUACAACUAACAUCCGAAGACAUCGCUCGUGAAACGUUUAUCUUCAAUGUAACAGUUUUGAUAUCAUAUUUUAACUGUUCAGUUGGUUUCUACAUUUAUUCUCUAGCUGGAAGUCUAUUUCGAAGGGAAUUGAAGAGAACUAUACGUGGAAUUAUUAAUAAAACUCGCCAUCAAUAA